AUGGCUAUUCUUAUUUAUGCCGAGCUUCUGUCAAAUAUUCGACAAGUUUCGAUAGGAUGCUCCCUACCGUCUCCUGCUGAUGCCAACACUGCAGCGAGAAUAUCAGCAGAUGGUUCAUGCCUUUUGGUUCGUCACCACGGUAAUGAAGCAUCACUGAGACUUCCAGGACGAGUCGCGGCGCCCUCGACGCUACCACUCGCAAGCAGUAAAGCCACAAGCCUUUCGUGGCGGUUGCCUCUCGCGUUAUCUUAUACCACCAAUGUGCCCUGGUCUGUGGAUUCACAGGCUAUUCCUUGGUGUGCGCAAGAUCUGGAACCAGAGGGUUCCGUAUGUUGUCGAGCAUGCCAGACUACAGUCAUCUUGCUGGGAACGGUUAAGAUCUGGAAGGAUCUUCCAAGUGAGAACUGGGCCGAGAUGAUGGAGUUCUGGCACUGUCACAAGCCACAUAAUCAUGGCCAUCACGACGACAAAAGUCUGUCUACAAGAGGCUACGGCGCCAACUCACAGAUUUCUGGACAGGCUGGCGUGGGCUUCGUCGACAUAACCACUUUUCUAUUUGCCAAAGCGGAUUGUUUAGGCUCCAGCCUUACACGGUCGUCACAAUCGACAAAAUUGGGACUUAUUCUCGCCGAUGGACAAGACUCAAACCUCGGUGACGAGCCCAAUGGCUCAACGGUUCAGAGUCAAUCUCUAUACUGCAGUAACUGCCAAAGUGAGAUAGGCGUUACCAAAGAGCAAACUACCAUCUCGCUCUUCAAGUGGCAACUAGCUAUUGGCAACCCGGCAAACUCAGGUCCACGCACACAGCCGACUCUAGCCAACUGUGUCAGUUCUAUACUUCUGGCCACACUCGCCCGGUCCGGCUGUUCCAAGUCAAUAAUGAUGCCCUUGGCCGCAACUACUGGGACGAGUUUCCAGCAAGGUCAAAUCGGCCAGCCGAGCGGGCUUCUCCAUAUAUGGCUUUUCAAUGGCAACAUCACAUUCUCAGCAACAAAAGGGGAUGACAGUCGACUGGCCUGUCCAGCCGUCAAGGUGUUGUACCGCAUGGUCGAACAGGACGAGGCUAAUAAGAUGCUGGAUAGCAUGUCAUCAGUUGUCCAGGACAUUACGCUUCCCAGCAGUGCAAUUGACGAUCUGUUUGAACUUCUGAAGCAGAGUAACGAGUAUCUUCCGCCGAACGACAGGAAUUUCAAGGAGUGGACAGUUGGAUUGUUGAAGAAAUGGGACGGUGACGGUGGAUGA